AUGCCUGAAAGCAUUAAUACCGAAUCAACGCCAUCAUCCAAUGCUUCUUUUCCCAAAGUAUUGUGGGCACAACAAAAGGACAGUAUACUGUUAACCGUAGCUGUUCCCGAUAUCGAUGAGGUUGAUUGUAAAUUCGAAGAAGAUAAGCUACAUUUUCAUGGAAAAGCAGCAGAUAAAACAAACACUGUUUAUGAAAUUAAGAUCGAUCUAUAUGGAAAAAUCGAUUCAUCAACUUCAAAAUAUGAUUUAAUCGGGCAAAAAUUUUGGCGGAUACUAUUGAAAAAGAAAGAUGCCAGUUUGCCGUUUUGGCCUCGCUUAACGAAAGAUAAUAAAAAGUUGCAUUGGCUUCAAACGGAUUUCGAUCAUUGGGUUGAUGAAAAUAACGAGGAAGAUGAAGAAGCGCCAGGUGGUAACAAUUUCGAUGAUAUGUUUGGAGGUGGAAUGCCAGGUAUGGGUGGUAUGGGAGGCAUGCCUGGGAUGGGAGGUAUGGGUGGUAUGCCUGGUAUGGGAGGCAUGGGAGGUAUGCCUGGUAUGGGAGGUAUGGGUGGUAUGCCUGGUAUGGGAGGCAUGGGAGGUAUGCCGGGUAUGGGAGGCAUGGGAGGUAUGCCGGGUAUGGGAGGCAUGGGAGGUAUGCCUGGUAUGGGAGGAUUUAACGAUAAUGAAGAUAUGGAAGAUGAGCACGAUUCGGAUGACGAAGAGGUCGGAUUAGAUAAACCAACAACAGAAACAAAGAAACAAGAUACAAAAGAUACAAAAUCCAAUGAACAUGUGAAAACGGGUGAAGAGGCAACAAAAGAACCUGUGGCAUAA